CCGGCUGUCAAACAUGGCCCCGUCCUGCUGGGUGUGAGAGGAGCAGCUGACAAAGGACAGAAAGCAGAACCUCCGGCUCACUCCUCCGUCCAUCGCUGCUGCUGUGUGUGCCGGCCAAAUGAUGAAGUGUGCCAGAGUGAGGAACUGACAGAAGAAGGCCGUCAUUGUUGCUGACCAUCUGCUCAGAUCGACCCUCCACACCCACUCACUCCCUUCCUCCCUCCCUGCAAAGCCCUCCACCCCGCAGCCAUGCAGAUCAAUCCAGUGCUGGUGGAGUCCACCGUGGUUUUGGCUGUGGUGCUAUGCGUCCACAUGGCGGUCUGGAACCAGCACUCCUGGUGCAGCAUAGCCCUCGUCAUCCAAGCUUUCUAUGUGCAGCACAAAUGGGACCGCCUGCUCCGGUCAGGAGGUGCCGUGUUCCAGUUUCGGCCAGCAGCAAAUAGCGGUAUCGUACCGGCCUCCAUGGUGAUGCCCUUGCUCGGUCUGGUACUGAGAGAAAAGUGCUCCGACUCAGGGAAUGUCUACUUUGAGCGCUUCUCCAUGGUUGUCACCAUCACAGGCAUGAUGCUGGCUCUGUUUCUCUCUCUGAUUGCGCUCGGCAUCACCAGACCUGUGCCUACAAACACUUGUGUGAUCGCAGGCAUGUCCGGCAGCGCCAUUCUUUACACAACAAAACAGACACUUACGGUUUCUGAGGUCAUUGAAGUGUUAGAGGUACUUCUGAUCUUCGUGUAUCUCAGCCUGAUCGUACUUUAUCUGCUGCCACGCUGCUUCACACCUGGAGAAGCGCUGUUAAUUGUUGGUGGAAUCAGUUUCAUCGUCAACCAGCUCAUCAAGCGCUCCCUGAACCUGGCAGAGGUCAAAGGAGAUCCAGUGAACUAUUUCCUGCCGGUGGUGGUGGUGGGCUCGCUGCUGCUGGGUGUUUUCUUCGCCCUGCUCUUCUGUUUCAUGGAGUCAGAGACCUGGGUGUCCUCGCUUUUCUUCCACAUGAUGACGGCUGUCCUGUGUCUGGGAAUCCUCAUGCCGUGGCUCUCCCUGUUCAUCGGCCGACACCCCAUCAUGUGGCUGCUGGACUUUCUCACGUUAAAUGACAGAAGACUCUGUCUGUUGGGGUACUGGGUGUUUCUGGCUGUCGUGGCCACCUGUGUUGUGUUACACCAGAACUACCAGCGCCAGUCUGGGUCCAAGAAGCACCAGGCCUCGACUGUUGUCAGGAAGUACUUCCAUCUGAUUAUUGUGGCCACGUAUGUUCCAGGGCUCAUAUAUGACAGACAGCUGCUUCACGUGGCAUCUGUGGGUUGCCUGGCUAUUUUCUUGUUCCUGGAGUAUGUGCGUUACUUUCGGAUCAGGCCACUGGGUCAGCUGCUCAGGCAGCUGCUCACACUGUUCCUGGAUGAGCGAGACUCUGGGCCUCUCAUCCUGACCCAUGUCUACCUGCUGCUGGGCAUGUCUCUGCCCAUAUGGCUGUUCCCUGGGCCCUGCGCCCCUAAGGGGAUACUUCCUGGUGCGGGCGGCCUGGUGCCUUACGCAGGGGUGCUGGCUGUUGGGGUCGGAGACACUGUGGCGUCAGUGUUCGGCAGCACCAUGGGGGAGAUCCGCUGGCCUGGCACUAAGAAAACCAUGGAGGGGACUGCAACAUCUGUGUUUGCCCAAAUCAUCGCUGUAGCCAUGUUUCUCAUCUUCGAUGGGGGUAUCAAUCUGAACUCCACCUACUCGUGGAUCGUUGGCUCCAUCACUCUGGUGGCCAUGUUGGAGGCCUACACCUUUCAAAUAGACAACCUCUUUCUCCCGCUCUACCUUUUCAUCCUGCUGCUGCUCUGAACAGACAGAUGGCCCAACACUGUCUCCUGGGGGGAAGCAAGAAUGGUCAAUUUGGGAGGGAAACAAAAAAAAGAUAAUCAAAGGGAUAGAAGUCCCCUUAGGAAUCGGUGAAGUUAUUUUCUCUGGCACAAGAAAGAAAUGAUGAAAAGCUGACAGCUUAACUGAGCCUGGUCAUUUUUAUGUCAACAAACCAGUGUGGCAGCAACCGAAUGUGCUCACUGUCUCUGGCAGCAGUCUGCUGUCUUCAGAGCACAAGUCAUUUCAGUAUGAGUAUAAGGAAAGAGACGAACAUUUCACAAUUCAGAAAGUUAUAAAGAAAUGUGAAGAAGAGUUGCUAAAUAUUCUGACAGCAGUGGUGUAUGGUCUCUUUGCAUUUCACCGUCUUGUCAUGAAGGUACUAAAUAACUGAUUUAUGCAAAAGAUUCAGAUAAAUUGGAAAAAUAGUAUUUUUAAGCACUGGAUUCUGAAUAUACAGAUGAUGCUAGAAGGCACAUGUCGAUCAUCAAAUAGGAGGUUGUCCUAUCUUGUCCCUUUCUUGGAAUUAUAUGCCUUCUGUAUUGCCUUUGAAGAACAUUAUUUAAAGUUAGCUUGUUGAAAUGUCUGUUUCUUGAUCAACCUUUUUCAUUAUUAGACGAUCAUGAGAUUUUGAUGAUGGCAAUAUGACGAAGGACUCACUGAUGAAAACAUUUGCCUUAACAAGUAAAUUUUCUAUCACACGUUACCUUCUAUUGUAAAUGCUGUAGAUGAAAGCAUGGCAGCCCCGCUCAACUCAUUUAUAAGGGCUGGUUUAUACUUCAGUAUGGCAGAAACUCACUAUGCUCCUGCAUGACACUAAUGUGAAAUCCAGUACUGUAACAUGUCCACAGAUAUACUACAGUAUAUUUCUGUUCGGUACAUUUUAUUUGCUUAAUAUUUCUGUGGUUUGAUGGGACCAUUAAGGGUAAACUUAACGUAUACAUUUCUUUGUGAUACUGAGCCUUCAUUACAUCACAUACUUUUGGACUCUGUAGAUAUGAUUUGGGCCAAACUAAUGAACACAGGCCCUUCCUAGUAUUAUUAAUUUAAGUUAUUUAAUUUAUAGAAAUAUCUUCAGAUAUCAUUAGGCUAGAUCCAUAGACUUUAUAUAAAAAUGGACAACUUCUCUCCUUUUACCUCCACUAUCCAGAAAAGAAGCGAAAAUGUCAAAUUAUUGAUACAAAUGCUGUCAUCCUGUGGUGAUGACAUCAUUUCAGGAGUAGCGAUCAGUUAUACAAGCACUCGACCCAUCGCAAGUCAGUCUCAGUAAUGAUGUUUCACCCAGUUUUUAAUCGCAUCAAGUAACUGAGAACUACCUAAAGUGACAGAAACCAUCUUUGAAAUAAUUAUUUGACUUUUUAAGUUUGCCCCCUGUCCCAUGUACUAACAUGGAGGCUAAGUUUAUGACCCCGUACUGCAUCCAGCCACCAGGGGGCAAUCGUUGUUCAUCUUUACAUACAGUCAGUGUUUGAUGUCAUCAUUCUGAGAUGAAGGUGCAUCAGUUCAGAACCUGAAAUGUGUUUUCAGAAUGAAUUUAGUUUCCAUUCAUCUGUAAGAGUUCUUUUUUAAUGUGAUGACGGUUUAUGAGCAUGAUUCUUCUAGUAUAUUGUUUUUGCCAUCAUCCUUCUGUUUUGAAAAAUGUAAUAUUGCAUGUUAAGUGAGUCCAGAGAGAAAGAUAAAAGUGAUAUUCCUCCAAUUUUCAGUCCAUUAUUUUAAUGCUGGUGUGAGGAUUGAGAGGAGGAACCUGUCAAUGAGAUGUCAACAUUAACCCUUUGGUGUCUCAGUUUGAUUUCAAAUGUAUCUAAAGAAUUUUGGAUGUUGUUUAUAAUGAUUCAUACUUAAAGAUGUUUUUCUAUUGAGUUGCGUCUUAAAAUCAACAUACUUGAAAGUAGAAAUUCUGACUGCUUGUCUGUAAAAAUAGGAAUCUGCCAUCUUCUUGACACAAAUCUGAAAAGUAAAAUGAGCUUGAACAAGAGAAAUGCUGAUUGGUGAAACUGUUGAUGAGAAGACUCUGAAUAAAAGCAGAUCUAAAGAUCAGUUGUAUUUUU